GAGUUGAUGAAGGUAUAAAUAUUACUGGAAAGUUCUACCGUAUCCAUCGCGUUUGAAUGUGAGGGGACGUAUGCCGAGAGAAAAGUGACGCGGGGGCUGAUUUAUUUAUUUAUUUAUAAGUUAUUAUUGCACUUAACGUUAAGUCUUUAAGGCGGCUCUAUUGAACAGUGGAUAAAUGAGAACAGUCACCAUGGUCGCAACCAAUAAAUUGAAGACCAAGAGCUCCGAGUGCAUUUCGGACCUUGUUGAAAGGCGAGACGACCAGGUGUGCGUCGAGAAAGAGUUGGAUUUCUGGGAUCACUGCAUGGCCGAGCCCCAUAUGGCUGCAGAUGUAACAGAGGACAGAAGCUGCCACCAGUUGGCGAAGAUGUUUGAAAACUGCCUGUCCCGGGCCAAGAAAACAACAUUGCACUGUUCCUCUGUGCUGGUACCAGAGAAGCUGACGCGAAGGAUAGCUCGUGAGGUCCUUUGGCUGGCGUCCUGUGAGCCCUGCGGCCUGCGUGGCUGCGUCCUGUAUAUCCACCUGGAGCUGGAGAAGGGCUGGAAGCAGCUGGAGCGCAUUGCAUACGAUGCCUCGGUGGUGCCCACAUUCGAGCUGACUCUUGUGUUCAAGCAGGACGGUUCAGCAUGGCCCAGCCUGCGGGACUUUCUCUUCAUGGGUUCCUGCUUUGGCCCAAGUUUCAGGAACGUGCUUAAACUGAGUCCAGGUUUCCGACUGGUCAAGAAAAAACUGUACUCCUCCUCGGCUGGGACCGUGAUAGAGGGGUGUUGAACUAUGUUGGAAUUGGCAGGGGAAAAGGGGCUCCAUGUGAGGGGAAAUGCACUUAAAACUAAAUGUGAGACCAAAGUUGUCACAUUUUCCACUCUUGUACAACAGUUUGUCACUCCCAGCCUUCAGCCAGUCAGCUUUGGAUGAAAGGUUAAGAUUUUAAAGACAAAACAAGCCAGAUAUUUCUGACUUUAGCUUCAGAGUCCUAAAAAUUCCCUUUUGUUUUCCUUAGAGCAGUUCUUUGCUCAAGCACCAUUUUACAAUUUACCUUUCAAAAUGAAUGUUGGCAUUCACAACAUGUUUGCAAGGGACAUACUGUGGGUAUUCUGUUGAAGGCACUAGCCACUUUGUAGACACUUCUGUGUUUCCAGAUGCGUUGAAUGUUAAGCUGUAGUAAUUUGAGGGGAGUUGUUUUCUUUCAAAAAAAUAAAAACAUAGGUUUGCUGUUUAGGAAGAGGAUUGUUUUAAUGCUUGGAUAUUACAGUUCUCAAAACACUGCUCAAGAUCAAAGAAACUUUCAUGCAUGCAUAUAUGCUCUGUUCCUUUUCAGUAGUGUCGGGGCUAAGAAGUAACGCCUCCUGCACAAAUUCUCUGUAAUUGUGCAACCUUGUGCUUUUCCUCUGAUCAGAGAUUUGCAUCUCUGGGAACAAUAAUUCUGCCUGAGCGAUCAAAGAGUUGAGAGUGCAAAGGUCAAGAAUGAAUUGAUGGAUCUUUUUUAGUGUCAUACAAACAAAAACUACGAUGAAAACAAAAAUUGUAAGGAAAAUGUAUAUUACAACUUAGAAGUUUUGGCAGCAGUGAUGCAUCUUCUGAGGAAUUCUGGUUUUACACAUAAGCAGAGGAAGUUAGAGCAGCAACUCAAAUAUGAGAGUUUUGUUCAAGAGGCAAUAAAUCUAAUUACAGAAAAAAAUUGUUUCAACAAUAAGUUUGUUUUUUGGGGGGGUUUUUUUUGUAGGUUAGUUUUUUCCAGUAUUAGCAGAGUUGUAAGGGAGAGCAGUACAAUAAUUGCACAAAUCUGAGUAAAAAUGUGUGCUCCUGGACUUUUGAAAGGAAUAAUUUACAGUAAAAGAAUGUGGGGCUGGCAUCCAGAGCAUUGUGUGGUCUUUGGUCAGCCAUAUGUAUCAUAGUUGUGAUGCUGUGUUCAGGGCUGCAAACAUUUUAAAAAAAUUGUAAAGCUGCUGUUAUGAUGUAAGCUUGUCACACUAGGGAACACGGAGGCCUUAACGCUUAUAGAAAUGUACGUUCUGCACUCUGAUCACAGCAGUGAACUGUUCUGUGUAUGUUUUAAUGCAUUUUUAUUUUUAUACUGACAGAUGUACCUUUUCAAAGCAAGAGCCUUUAUAUACAAUUAAAAGUUUGCUUCACUCAGUA